AUGAAGGGAGAGAACGUGACCAGGGUCAGCACGUUCAUCCUGCUGGGCUUCCCCACAGCCCCCCGGCUGCAGUACGCACUCUUCCUCCUCUUCCUGCUCACCUACCUCUUCAUCCUGCUGGAGAACCUGGCCAUCAUCCUCACCGUCUGGAGCAGCACUGCGCUCCACAGGCCCAUGUACUACUUCUUGGGCUCCAUGUCUUUCCUGGAGAUCUGGUACGUGUCUGACAUCAUCCCCAAGAUGCUGGACGGUUUUCUCCUGCAGCGCAAGCACAUCUCCUUCGUGGGCUGCAUGACUCAGCUCUAUUUCUUCAGCUCCCUGGUGUGCACUGAGUGCGUGCUCCUGGCCUCCAUGGCCUACGACCGCUACGUGGCCAUCUGCCACCCACUGCGCUACCAAGUCAUCAUGACCACGGGGCUCUGCAUACAGCUGGUGCUCUUCUCUUUCGCAAGUGGCUUCUCCAUCUCUAUGAUCAAGGUGUACUUUAUCUCCAGUGCCACGUUCUGUGGCUCCAAUGUCCUGAACCACUUUUUUUGUGACAUAUCCCCCAUCCUCAAACUGGCCUGCACAGACUUCUCCACCGCAGAGCUUGUGGACUUCAUCCUGGCUUUCAUCAUCCUGGUGUUUCCCCUUAUUUCCACCAUUAUGUCCUACGCAUACAUCACCCUGGCCGUCCUGCGCAUCCCCUCGGCGUCGGGUCGCUGGAAAGCCUUUUCCACCUGCGCUUCCCACCUCACGGUGGUCACCAUCUUCUAUACGGCCAUGAUCUUCAUGUACGUGCGGCCCCAGGCCAUUGAUUCUCGGAGUUCCAACAAGCUCAUUUCUGCCGUUUAUACAGUUCUCACCCCAAUAAUAAACCCAUUGAUCUAUUGUCUUCGAAACAAGGAAUUUAAGGAUGCAAUGAAAAGGGCACUGGGCCUGGGUGAGUCUUCACAUUAA